AACCACGUGACCACAUGAGGCCACGUAAGCAGGGAGGAUGAAGUGUCCUGCACGGGAUGGAAGUAUUUUUCUUCAAUAAUUACCCAAAAGCUGAUUCGCGGUCCACGUUGCAGAUAGAGUGUUUUGAUGUACAGUGAAAGAAUUAGUGCCAAGGUUUCUGAUGUUUCUAUCUGUCGAUCAACAUGAUUCAUUCAAAUGAUAUGCUGGCUAUGUUCAUCGUUCGCUGAAACUGUUAUAUCAUGAGAUUAUGGAAUGAAAAGACAUGGAUUACUUACACAAGUUGUUGGCGACCUCUCUCUCCUCAACUCAUCACCCUUAGCAAAGCUAUUGGAUACAUAUCUCCGCUCAAAGUCAGCUCGGGACACCCGUCAUGUCCAUGCCCGCAUCAUAAAGUCUCAGUUUUUCUCAGAAAUUUUCAUCCAGAAUAGGUUGAUAGAUGUGUACGGAAAGUGUGGCUGUUUGGACGAUGCACGCAAGGUGUUUGAUCGGAUGCCCCAAAAGAAUGCUUUCACUUGGAACUCGGUUUUAAGUGCAUUAACAAAAUCGGGUUCUCUUGACGAAGCGGUGCGGCUUUUUCGGUUGAUGCCUGAGCCCGAUCAGUGCUCUCGGAAUUUAAUGAUCUCAGGGUUUGCUCAACAUGAUCACUUUAAGGAAUCCCUUAAUUUCUUUGUUGAGAUGCAUAGGGAGGAUUUUGUACUGAAUGAAUACACUUUUGCUAGUGCUCUUAGUGCUUGUUCGGGUUUAGUGGAUAUAAAAAUGGGUACCCAGAUCCACGCUUCAAUAUCAAAAUCUCCGUACUUAUUGGAUGUUUAUAUGGGGUCUGCACUUGUUGAUAUGUAUGCUAAAUGUGGGAGUGUGGCUUGUGCUCAAGAAGUUUUCGAUGGGAUGAACGAACGGAAUAUGGUGACAUGGAAUAGCUUGAUAACAUGUUAUGAGCAAAAUGGUCCAGCAGAUGAAGCUAUAAAGAUCUUUGUGAGGAUGAUGGAAUGUGGGCUUGAACCCGAUGAGCUCACUCUUGCCAGUAUGGUCAGCGCCUGUGCAAGCUUGUUAGCAAUCAAAGAAGGUCAUCAGAUUCAUGCCCGGAUUGUGAAAGUUGAAAAAUUUAGGGAUGAUGUUGUUAUAUGUAAUGCGUUGGUUGACAUGUAUGCAAAAUGCAAUAAAAUUAAUGAAGCUAGAUGGGUUUUUGAUAGGAUGCCAACUAGGAAUGUGGUGUCCGAAACCUCCAUGGUGAGUGGUUAUGCAAAAGUGGCAAGUGUGAAAGCUGCAAGAUUAAUGUUUACAAAGAUGAUAGAAAAGAAUGUCAUAUCUUGGAAUGCACUAAUUGCAGGCUAUACACAGAAUGGGGAGAAUGAAGAGGCAUUAGGACUCUUCCACCUCCUAAAGAGGGAAUCUGUUUGGCCUACACACUACACCUUUGGUAAUCUCCUCAAUGCAUGUUCAAAUUUAGCUGAUCUGAAGCUCGGUAGGCAGGCUCACACUCAUGUCUUGAAGCAUGGAUUUCAGUUUCAGUCUGGACCAGAGUCUGAUAUUUUUGUGGGGAACUCUUUAAUAGAUAUGUACAUGAAAUGCGGAUCGGUUGAAGAUGGGAGCCGGGUAUUUGAGAAAAUGGUUGAAAGAGAUUGGGUUUCAUGGAAUGCCAUGAUAGUAGGGUAUGCACAAAAUGGACAUGGGACUGAAGCUCUUGGAAUGUUCAGGGAAAUGUUGAUAUCUGGAGAGAAACCAGACCAUGUCACUAUGAUUGGGGUUCUUUGUGCUUGUAGCCACACGGGGCUGGUUGAAGAGGGGUGCCAAUAUUUCUUCUCAAUGAGCAAGGAGCAUGGUAUAGAACCCAUGAAGGAUCAUUAUACAUGUAUGGUUGAUUUGCUUGGUCGAGCCGGUUGCCUCAAUGAAGCGAAGAAGUUGAUAGAAUCCAUUCCAAUGCAGCCGGAUGGUGUUGUAUGGGGAUCUUUGCUUGCUGCUUGUAAAAUUCAUGGUAACCUGGAAUUAGGUAAGUUUGUAGCCGAGAAGCUCCUAGAGAUUGAUCCUGAAAACUCUGGUCCCUAUGUUCUCCUCUCAAACAUGUAUGCUGAGCUUGGAAGAUGGAGGGAUGUUACAAGAGUUAGGAAGCUUAUGAGGCAGCGGGGUAUUGUUAAGCAACCGGGAUGCAGUUGGAUUGAAAUUCAGGGUCAGGUGCAUAAUUUCAUGGUGAAAGACAGAAGACAUCCUCAAAAGAAGGAAAUUUAUCUACUUCUGAAAAUUCUUGCUCAACAGAUGAAGCUAGCUGGUUAUAUUCCUGAUACUGGUGAUUCACAGGCUGAUGAAGAGCAGAACAAGUCAGAUUUUACCUCAUGUGACCAAUUGGAAGUACCAGCAGUUGCUGCCUUUGCAUAAUUCUCACAUAAUUCAUUGAAUGCUUUGUUCGUGCUUUGCAGAUGCCCGAAGACCCCCACCUUGAUUGAUAUUGAUAUUAUUGCUGAGAAUGUGCUUGGUUAGAAUAAGUCAGGGAAUAAGUUUGGGCUAGGAUAUAGAGUGAAGCCCACAUCAGCUACCUCAGGAUGUUGCUCUUGUGAAGAGUUGUAUAUUACUUGUAGGAGAGCGGAGGCUGCGACAGUGGGCUGAUGCAGUAGAAAAUAAGGCCAAGGCUACAAAGGCUAAAGCUAAAAUUUGGUCACAAAGCCAAAAUAGUUAAGCAAAUGGAAUAGACUAUGGAGGAGAGAAUGGAUCAGAUGUUGGACUUGUGUCACAAUUCAGAAUUCCAAAUCGGAUGGAACAGGUAACUUUUUUCUUUUCUUUUGUUCAAGCUUGCUCCUCAUUUCUUGGUUUAGAUCUUGUUUAGCAAAUUAAAGAAAUGCUGGAAUGGUAGGACUGGAGAGUUGAGAAUGGUAUGCAUGGCCUGGUUUGAGAACCUAUAUCAUGGUUCAUAGUUUUCAAAUUUGUAUCGAACAGUCCAUAUUUAAGCCGUAUUUCAAUAGGCAGGUGAAUUCCAAAUCUUUUGCUACCUGGAUUGAGAAACUAUAUCUUGGUUCAUAGUUUUCAAAUUUGUAUCAAAGAGACCAUGUUUAAGCUGUAUUUCAAUAAGCAGGUGAUACCAAUAGGCCAAUGGCCUAGCAGUACCAGGCCCUUGCUUCCCAAAGGGACGUCUGAGGUUUGAGCCUCAAUGGAGGCAUGUGUAUGUGAGUACCGACUAAGAAAAAAGAACAAUAGGCAGGUGAUUUCCAAAUCUUUUGCUACACAUCUUAAUUGCAUAACUAUAAGCUAUAGAGUGACAUUGUCUGUGCAAUUGAGAGUGGUGAAUGCUUUGGCAAAACUUGUAUUCUUUAACUUUACCUUUCUACUGUAGCAAACAAAAUAAACAAAAUAUGAGUUACACCUCAAAUGAAGGGAUUAAAUUAAAGUAUCAAUAUAGACUUUGAAAAUCCUUGUUUCUUUGUAAUUGCAAUGUAAACUCUCAAAAUCCACUAAUUGGUUGAAAAUGAUUUUAGUCACUCACUCCUGCUUGUUUAGUUACGUAUAAGUUGGAGCAAAAAUGUUCUGGGUGCCUUCCAAUGCAUUCCACCAGAUCCACUUGAACUUAAUUUCAUUUUUAGUGCCUUCCUGAAGCCUCUUGUUAUCUUCUUAAGUUAUUCCUAUAUGUUUGUCUUAUCAUUUAAUUCCCACCUCAGCUCACCGACUCUCCAAAGAAUAUUAGAUGCAAAAGACUAGUUCUUUCAUUUAGAAUGCCUAACAAUCUCAAAAUUUUCUCUAUUGGUAAUGGACAGUCGUUACAAUUAUUUCUGGAUCCUUGGUGUGGUGGACAAUCAGUUGCUCAAAAUUUUGGUCAUAGGGUUGCUCGGAGAUUAUCUCUUCCUAGGGAGUCUAACCUUCAGUCUCAUGAUUAAUGGUACCUGGAAUAUGCAACUGUUACAGGAAGACAUUUUUCUGCACGUUAGAGAAUUCAUCACUUCAAUUCGGAUUCCUAUACAUCCUAAUGAUGAUAGAGUUCUUUAAGAGGGUGGAAGGUUUUCUUUCAAAAAGGCCUGGCAGAGUUGUAGGAUCUCUUAUGAAGAAGUUGAUUGGCAUUCUAUGUGCUGGGGUAAAGCUAGACCUAGAUGGUAUGUCAAUGCUGUCUUUGUAAUGCUUGAUAGAAUUCCUUCUAUGGUAAAUCUGCAGAGAAGGAGAAUCCAGCUAGCAUCCAGAUGUUCAAAUUGCUUUCAAGAAUGUGAUUCAAGAGACCAUAUAUUUGUUUCCUGUUAAUUUGCUCAGGCAGUCUGGUUUUGGUUUGGUGAGGUGCUUGAUUAGGAUAUGGAUCUAUUUGCAUCAAUGCAGCAGUUUUGGGAUCUGUUUCUCUGGUUUAGACGGAAGUAUCAUGCUUCAAAAACUCUUAUGUGUCUUUUUGUUGCUGCUUUAUGGGGCAUUUGGCUAGAGAGGAAUAUUAGACUCCAUGGUGCAUCCCAUAGAACUCCUCACUCAAUUGCUAAGCAGGUGUUGUUUGAAGCCCAUGAUGUCGGGAAUGCUUCAGUCUAUGAUCUUAUCCCUUAGAAUGUUACUCUGGUGUCUUAGCUUGUACGGGAAGUGGGCUUAUUCAUUACUCAUAGGUUGUGAUCUCGUGUUUUCCUUUUCUCUGAGGGUAUGCUCUCUGUGCACCUGUAUUUAAUUCUUCCAUUUAUAAUACAACACCAAUUAUGAAAAAAAAUAUAAAAAAAAAAAAAAAGAAUUUCUCUGGACAUUGUCUUCUUCUUUCUCAAAUCAGUUAAGAUUGCAUGUCACACUUCCCCCCUUAAGCUUCUUUCUCCUCCUUCUAUGCUGUUUUGGGCCCAUACCUUCUUAGACUUUUGUCAACCCCUUUCUUACUUGACAUUAUUUUGUAACUCAAGCCUUGAUGAGCGUGGUACGUUUUCAAUGAAGCAUUGGAUGUCGCUCGUGCAAAUGCUGCUCUUCCAGCAUAGCUACAAGUAAUUACCAAUAUAAGUUUGUAUAUUGUUUAGGGAGUCGUACUUUUUUUAGGGAGCUGAUAUUGGCGCUUCAAUAUUAUCAUCGCUCCACUCUUUAAUUUUAUAUACAUGUAUGCCCA